GAGAGCUAUUCAGUCACAAGCCCUCCACCAAACUGGACCGACCGAGUGGCAUGCAGUAUCUUUGACUGGCACAGGAUGUUCAGCUGGGUGGUGAAAGUGGUUCCCCAGCCCCCUGAACCCCCAAAGCCCCUGGGACCGCAGGAGAAGGUAGAGCCCAAACCCUCAGCUCCUGAGCCGGAAAAGAAGGUGACGGAAAAGGAGAAAGCAAAAGAGCAGCCGCCGAAAGAUGCUGCAGCUAAGACAGAGCCUGAGAAGCCUAAAGCUCAGGAAGACAAGAGUGAGCCGCCCGGUGUGUUGACCUGGAUCUCUCAAGGUCUGGUCAAUGUGCUGCCCAAGCCUGUGGAAAGCCCCCAGGUACCUCGGGCCACCGCAGGAGACACAGCAGCGAAGGCAGAGAAGAAGGAGGAACCGAAAGCAGAAACCAAGCCCAAGGAGAGCGAGAAAUGUCCCGAACCCACCAGCAGUAAACCCAGUGAAGAGCAAGCCGUUGGAGUCCUUAGCUGGAUUGUGCAGGGACUGGGCAAAGUCGUCCCGCAGCCUGAGGAGAAGCACAAGGCAGUGGCCCCUGCGGAGGGACCCAAGACAGAGGUUAAAGAAGCACAGCCCCCUCCCCCUCCAUCAGUGCCAGUUCCAGAACCACAGCCGGAGGUUAAAAUCAUCGAGGUGGUGUCUGUGACCUCGCGUGAGACAGCCUCGGAGAUUGACAACACAGCCCAGAAAAACCCACCGCCCACCCCCAGCAAAGCCCGUGUGAUUGAAUGGCUCAAGCAAGGCCUGGAGAAGGUGGUUCCACACCCAACCGAGCAGCCUGCCCCUCUCAAUACUGCCCCACAGAAACAGGCAGCAGAGGAGAAGAAGGAGGAAGCUCCCAAGAAGGAGACUGGCAAGAAAGAGACAGCAGGAGAAGCUCCUGCUCCUGCUCCUGCCCCUGCCCCUGCCCCUGCUCCUGCUCCUGCUCCUGCUCCUGCUCCUGAGAAAGACCCCAAACCUGCUGAGCCAGCAAAAGCCCCUGCAGAGACACCCAAACCUGCCAGCGAGGACGUGCAGCCAGGAGUGGUGAGCUGGUUUGUUCAGGGACUGGAGAAGAUGAUCCCGCAGCCAGUAACCAAACCCAAAGCAGAUGGAACUGGGGAGAAAGGUGCAUCUGCGGUGCAAGAAAUUUCCAUCCUCCCGGAUCCAGCAGGGGGCGACCUGGUCCUCGAAGAGGUGGAGUCGGACUGGGAGAACGAGCCCACGGAGCAGCAAGCCCCCCCCGCCAUGCCCCUAGAGGAGACCCCCCCUCUGCAGGAGGCCAGCCAGGAGCCCCCCACCCACCCCCGGAUCCUAGCCAUGCAGCAGGAGGACGCAGAGACGCAGACGGAGCGCUGGACGCCUCUUCUGCAGGCCAUCCAGCAGGAGGCAGAGGCUGCCGCCAGGGCGGCGCUAGAGGACAGACUCAGACAAGAAAAAAUGGCGACAGAAAAGACCACAGAGGAGCUGGGUGAAAGGGCCGAACAAUCAGUGGGAGAGCUGGACGAUGGGGAACAACUGCCCAAUAUCCAGGAGGAAGAGAACGAAGUGGAUCCAGAGUUACAGAUGAUACGGGAGGAGAGCGAGGAGGACGACUCAAAUAAAACCACAGAAUUCGUUUAUGAGUGCCAGUCUCAGUGGGAUUACUCCAUGAAAAAAAACGGAGGGGGAGACAGUAAUGUCCUUUUUAGGCGCCUCCUAGUGGACGUGUGUCCUGCAGGCGGCUUCCCUAGCGCCCUCCACACCGAGCUGGGCGAGGACGGGACUCCCGCAGCGUCGGAGGGAAGCCCAGCUCCGCCCGAGGCCGCUACAGAACCGGAGGAAGAGCCCGUGAGGGAGGGGUCCCCAGGGAAGCAACAGUCCCCGGUAGGAGAGGCAUGUGCCGUACAAGAGCCUGAACCAGAACCCGAACCAGAACCCGAACCCGAACCCCAACCGGAACCAGAGCCCGGACCAGAACCGGGACCGGAACCAGAACACGAGCCAGAGACUGGACCCGAACCAGAACACGAACCAGAGACUGGGCCAGAACCGGAACCAGAACCGGAACCAGAGCCCGAACCUGAACACGAACCAGAGCCUGGACCAGAACCAGAGCCCGAACCAGAACCAGAAGCAGAACCUGAAGCAGGGGAAGGGGGCUCACCAGCACAGCAGCCUCAGCGGGUGCAGGAGUCCCCCGUGAGGGAGGUGCCGCCUGCAGAGGACCUGAGGGAAGAAGCAGCGCAAGAGGCAGAGCCUGUGACACAGCAGCCCGACACAACAGAGGCGCUGGAGCCCCCUGCUGGUGCCCACCAGGAGGAGGAGUCCCAGGCUGUUGAAGAAGAGUGUGGCGAGAGCUCCAGGCCGAGCAUUCACCCUUCUGUCAAUGUGGAAGAUGUGGAUUCUGACGGAGAUGCCAGUGGGGGUCACCAGAAAACGUCUCCUGUCAUUCUCCCCUCAUCCCCGUACACCAGCAAGACCCUCACGGUCCCAGGGGUGCCCGUGGCAGCUCGGAGCAGCUCAUCUCCAGAUAAAGAAGAACAAAGGUUGCAGAAUUUCUGGACCAAGAUAAAGAAGCUGUACUCCCAGGAGGAGAGCAUGGAGGACGCAGAGACCACAGUGAAAGCCUGGCCCAGCCAGACCAGCCUGCUGUCAGAGGAUGAGAUGAGGGAGAGGCCCGCGUCAGCCGCCAGUCAGACCAGCACCAUCGUGAACGAGCGCCUGCAGGAGCUGGUGAAGAUGUUCAAGGAACGGACGGAGCGCGUGAAGGAGAAACUCAUUGAUCCCGACGAAUCCGACAAAGACAGCCCUUCCGCCACUCCAGAGAAGAAACUCCCACCUCCUCCCCCUCCCCCGGAGAAGAAAGAGGAGCCAGCGCCUGAGAAGGAGGGCGAGGAGCACUACUGCGAGAUGCUGUGCUGCAAGUUCAAGACCAUGCCCUGGAUGACAAGGCUGAAGGAAUACCGCUUUCCCCAGAGCAUCGACCCCUUCACCAAUCUGAUCUACGUGCUGUGGCUCUUCUUUGUCACGGCGGCUUGGAACUGGAACGUGUGGCUGAUCCCGGUGCGCUGGGCCUUUCCCUACCAGACCCCUGACAACAUCCAUCUCUGGCUGCUCAUGGACUACCUGUGCGACACCAUCUACAUCCUUGACAUCCUGGUCUUCCAGCCUCGUCUGGAGUUCGUCCGAGGCGGAGAUAUUGUGUGUGACAGAAAGGAUAUGAGAGAAAACUACAUGAAAUCCCAUCGCUUCAAGAUGGAUCUCAUAGCUCUUUUCCCUCUGGAUUUGUUGUAUUUAAAAGUUGGAGUUAACUCUUUGCUGCGAUUUCCUCGUUUACUGAAGUACAUGGCUUUCUUUGAAUUCAAUGACCGCCUGGAAGCAAUCAUGAGCAAAGCUUACAUCUACAGAGUCAUCAGGACCACUGCCUACCUGCUCUACUCCCUGCACUGCAAUUCCUGUCUCUUCUACUGGGCGUCUGACUACGAGGGCCUCGGGUCCACCAAAUGGGUCUACGACGGAAUUGGGAACAGCUACAUCCGCUGCUACUACUUUGCAGUGAAGACUCUGAUCACCAUCGGGGGGCUUCCAGACCCCACGACCCUCUUUGAAAUCAUCUUCCAGCUGAUCAAUUACUUUGUUGGGGUCUUCGCCUUCUCCAUCAUGAUUGGGCAGAUGAGAGAUGUGGUGGGAGCUGCCACAGCUGGCCAGACGUAUUACCGCGCCUGCAUGGACAACACCAUCAAGUACAUGACCUCCUACCGCAUUCCCCGUGACGUGCAGAACCGCGUCAAGACCUGGUACGACUACACCUGGCAGUCCCAGGGCAUGCUGGAUGAGCAAGAGUUGCUGAUCCAGCUCCCAGAUAAAAUGAGGCUGGAUAUUGCUGUGGAUGUCAAUUAUUCCAUCGUCAGCAAGGUGGCGCUAUUUCAGGGCUGUGACAGACAAAUGAUCUAUGACAUGCUGAAGAGGCUAAAGUCUGUAGUUUAUCUACCUGGAGAUUAUGUCUGCAAGAAGGGUGAGAUCGGGAGGGAGAUGUACAUUAUCAAGGCAGGAGAGGUGCAGGUGCUGGGUGGUCCAGAUGGGAAAACGGUCUUUGUGACUCUCCGAGCAGGUUCUGUGUUUGGAGAGAUCAGCCUGCUGGCAGUGGGAGGGGGCAACCGGCGCACAGCCAAUGUGGUGGCCCAUGGGUUCGCCAACCUGUUCAUCCUGGACAAGAAGGACCUGGCCGAGAUCCUUGUGCACUAUCCCGAGUCCCAGAAGCUGCUGCGGAAGAAGGCCAAGAAAAUGCUGACCAAAGACAAGAAGCCCACGGACGAGAAGGCAGAGCAGAAGACAGGCAAGAAGGCUAUCCCCCUGCAGCCAGAGACACCCAAGCUGUUCCAGGCCGCGCUGGAGGUCACGGAAAAGUCAGGGAUCAAGGGCACUUUCUCCAAGCUGAAGCAGAAGUGGCACAAGUCCAGCUCUGUGGAGCCCUCCAGCUCUGUGCCCGUGCCUCCCGGGUCCCCAGUGCACCGCCGUUCCCCCAUCCCACGCGAACUGCCAGAGGUGGAGGAAGAGGACAUAGUGUCCCAGGCCUCGGACAGCUCCAUGCUGAUCCGGAUGAGCCCCGGGCACCACGGCCGCGAGCAAGUCCUGACGGUGGAGGUGUCCCCGAAAGAGGAAGGAGAGCCCACGGGGGAGGCAGCACCCGCGGCAGAAGGGGAUCCCAAGGGAGAGGGGGAGUCCAAGAAGUAGCUGCACCACCAUGGGAGGAGACGUCAAGAUCCUCCCUCUGGAGUCUCCUGGUCAUCCAGCAGAGGAACACUUUUCCUGCUCCCCCUCGUCAGUGGAGUCAGUUCAGUCCUGUGAAAACACAUUCUUGCGCACCUGCAGGUUAACAGCACUGACAGCUACAGUUACAGCCCUUCAUCUAUCGCUGCGGGGCCGCUGGCUUGCAAUCAUAAUCAAGAGUGCAGGGGCUCUUAUUGCAGUGCUCUCUUCAAUGCUACAAUUUCCACAGUGACCGAUUGCGGCACCAUUUCCCUUCACACUGUGAACAUGCACUGUAGUUGUGCUUCUAGAAAUGUAAAUAAAAGCACAAAGAUUCUUAUGAGAGGAGAACCAAACCAGAGGCGGCCAAUUCAAACCAUCUAACUGUUUUUUUUUAAUCAGUUAGUAGAUAAUGUAAUUGAACUUAAAGAAUCCAGGGGGACGAAGCAAUAAGAAGGAAAAUAAGAAACAUUAAGUUACAGUAUACUUCCGUCGCACUGUAUAUUGUACUCUUUCUUUCUAAUCCCACAAGGCAAUAUAGGCAGAGGUAAGCAGGGUGCGUGAAGCUGUUGCUCAUCUAGUCCUCCAGUCAUUAGUGUAUGCUUAUGGUUAGUGGAGAAUCCCGAAGUCUGGCAUUCAGUAUUUUGUCUCUCUUUUCUACUGAUCCAGGAGCAAAAAACUGCCAAGCUAACCUUAGAAUAGCCUUUUCGAUGGCUUCUGAUCUCGUCCAGAACAGGCGGCUCAGGGAGCUAAAGAGCUAGGCUCAUUAUCUUUACCAGUCACUGUUGUAAUCUCAGGCUUUAGUAUUGAUCUGCUCAGGCUUUUUUGCACAUGAUGAAAAAUCCUUGCAUUUUAGAACUGUAACUAGGCUGCCAGAAGUAGCCCCAUGUUUCCUUGUGUUUCCGGGCCCUUAUAAUAUCAAUUUGUCUUAAUUAGACAUUUACCCAGUGCUUUUAAACACUCGCUGGCAUUAUAACUUCUUGCGUAGCAAGGGACUGACAUGCGUCCAUUUUGUUUUUACACAGGUGGUGGGAAACACACAGACACUUCAGCUCAUUCUUCUUGUGCAAAUGGAAACAUUUGUGUAAUACAGUUAAGUUCCCUAAAUAACACAGGAUGCAAUGAAAUAAGCUCUCACACCUUGUAAUAUUAGUAGUUAAUGCUAGCUGGUUCUCCUCUACCAUUCUGGGUAACAUGUUUAGGUCAUAAAAGGAAGUGAAAGAAAUAGGAAAUGUUAUGGCCUGGACCAUUCCAAUGGGGAGUGAUCACAUUACAGAGUUCUAUCUAGAAAUAAAGUUUAGAUGAGCUGUUUGAUUAAACAGCGCAAUGCACUCAGUAAA